UCAGGUUUACAUUUGAUGCAAUGCAUGCAGUUACUGACACUUAUGCCAAACCUAUUUUUGUUGAUAAACUUGGUGCAAGUCUGGAUUCAAUCGCAAAUGGAAUCCCUUUGGAAGAUUUUGGACAUGGUCAUCCUGAUCCUAAUCUAACGGCUGUUUUAGCUUGGCUUUCUAUUAUUGCACACUGCAACAAAGACAAGAAGGCAGGGGAGAAACUGAUCUCUGUGGCUGAUGUUGUGAAGGAACACUGGGCAACUUAUGGACAAAUUUCUUUUCUAGAUAUGACUGAGGAAUGUAAAUCUGAAGGUGCCAAUAAAAUGGUAGCAUACCUACGAGAGACUGCAUCAAAGAGCAAGACUGGUGAUAAGUUCUAAUGAUAAUUUUGAUAGUUCUAAUGAUCUCCUAAGUUCUAAUGAUGAACUUAUUUUGUCCUAAUUAUUAGUUUUGUUAA